AUGGAAUUCAACCCAUCAGAUCAUCCACGGGCCAGUACGAUAUUUCUCAGUAAAUCGCAAACAGAUGUGAGAGAAAAACGCAAGAGUCUCUAUAUAAACCACGUAACUGUCAUCUCUCAGUCUUCCCACAGAGCCCAGGGACUGAGAAGGAAGUACAGUUCCUGCUCCACUAUUUUCCUGGAUGACAGCACAGUCAGUCAACCAAACCUCAAGUAUACCAUCAAAUGUGUAGCUCUUGCAAUAUAUUACCACAUCAAAAACAGGGACACAGACGGAAGAAUGCUCUUAGAUAUUUUUGAUGAAAACCUUCAUCCCCUUUCGAAAUCCGAAGUGCCACCAGAUUAUGACAAACAUGACCCGGAGCAGAAACAGAUUUACCGCUUUGUUCGGACGUUGUUCAGUGCUGCUCAACUGACUGCUGAAUGUGCCAUUGUCACCCUGGUAUAUCUUGAAAGACUUUUAACUUAUGCAGAGAUAGAUAUUUGUCCAGCAAACUGGAAGCGAAUUGUACUGGGUGCCAUUCUACUGGCAUCCAAAGUUUGGGACGACCAGGCAGUGUGGAACGUGGAUUACUGCCAGAUCCUGAAAGAUAUCACGGUUGAAGACAUGAACGAGCUGGAACGCCAGUUUCUUGAGCUGUUGCAGUUCAAUAUUAAUGUUCCCUCCAGUGUUUAUGCCAAGUAUUAUUUUGAUUUGCGUUACCUGGCAGAAGCAAAUAACCUGAGUUUUCCUUUGGAGCCCCUCAGCAGGGACAGGGCGUAUAAACUUGAGGCCAUCUCCUGCUUGUGUGAAGAUAAAUACAAGGACUUCAGGAAAGCCGCAAAGAAACGGUCAGUCAGUGCUGACAAUCUGACUGUGGUUAGAUGGUCCCCUGCUAUUAUCUCCUAACAGAGGAGACUGGAAUAUUCCUACGGACAUACUGUUUCAUCCAUCCAUUUUUUUCGGGGUGGGCUGGGG